UGUUUCACUGCAGAACUUGCUAAGUAAAGUGUAGUUAUCAGGGUGUGUGUGUAAUUCAUUUUUCUCGAGCUCUUAACUAUCACCGAUAUAUAAAAUUAAUGGAAUACGAAACAAACAACGUUAACGAAUAUAAUUAUAAAUUGUUAUAAUUUCGGUAAAUAAUUCACAUCAUGUUUCUCACAGGUUUAUCAUUUGCUAAAAAAGCCAAAAGCAAACAUGUUUUAAUGAUGGUGGAAAGUUUAGUGAGUGGACAUAAGAUAAAUAGAAUUCGUGAAAGACUUGCCGAUAAAUUGGAAUUCAUGUUCUUCGAUCCCUAUGUUCAGCAAGAAGUAAUGUACAGAGAAAAAAAAAAGCUUUGUAAUAUAUAUAGAUUGAAAGAGACAUCAAAACCAUAUCCUGUCCGUAAGAAGCAUUAUUGGGAAUCUUAAUUUUAAUUUCAUAUUACUCAUGUUUUGAACGCUUCAUUAUAAUUAAUAUAGUACUUGAUGAUUUUUAAAAUGAUUCAAACCAUAAUUUAUAACAAAUAAGUUUAAAACAAUAAAUAUUUGGAUUAUUGAAUAAUA